UAAAUCCUAUCUUCUUCUUCUUCCCAUUCAUUCUCUCUCUCUCUCUCUCAAAUAUUUUCAAGAAGAAAUGGGGAAAACUAUCAGAUGGCUGCGGGGUUUACUUGGAAUGAAGAAAGAAAAGGAAAAAACAGAGAAUCCCAUUUCAUCUGACACCACUAAGGAGAAGAAAAGAUGGAGUUUUGCCAAGAACAGCACCACCACCACCGAUUUUGUACCUCCUCAAUCAGGAGGUACUGAAUCUUCCUGGAAUAUGAGAUCUUACCUCCUUACAGAAACAGAGGAUCAACAAAACAAGCACGCAAUCGCAGUAGCUGCCGCCACAGCUGCCGCCGCCGAUGCCGCCAUAGCUGCUGCUCAGGCAGCCGUAGCUGUUGUGAAUCUCACUAGUCAAGGCAGAGGAACAAUGCUUUCCGGCGGUGGUGGAAGAUAUAGAUUCGCCGCCGUCAAGAUCCAGAACGUUUUCAGAGGAUAUUUGGCUCGUAAGGCAUUGAGGGCAUUGAAAGGAUUGGUAAAGCUACAAGCUUUAGUAAGAGGGUACCUCGUACGAAAACAAGCAGCAGCAACUCUUCAUAGUAUGCAAGCUCUUAUUAGAGCUCAAGUCUCUGUUCGAUCUCAAAGAGCUCGUCUUCGAAUCAGAUCUCAACAGGAGAAACAACAACAAUACGAUGAAUUUCACAGCAAGAGACUCUCAACUUCAUCUGAUCAUGAAAAUGCACACAACCUGUUCGAUGAAAGUGAUAAGAUAGUUGAAAUCGAUUCAAAUUGCAGACCCAAGUCAAGAUCCAGGAGAAUUCAAACCAACCCAAUAUCAGAAGAGACGUAUUAUCAUUACCCAACUGAUUCAUUUCCCCUUCCAGGGAGGCUUUCAGUACCAGAACCACCAAGAAACUUGAAAGAAUUUGAAUGGGGGAUGAUUAAUGGAGAUGAAUGGAGGGGAGGUGUGUCAACUGCUCAGAGUACUCCACGGUUUGCGAAUUCUUACCGGUCGAAUGCGGCGGCUACGCCGGCGAAGAGUGUGUGUGGAGAUAGGUUUUUCAGGCCGUAUUCGAAUUCUUCUCCUAAUUAUAUGGCGAAUACUGAAUCGUUUUGUGCUAAAUUGAGGUCUUAUAGUGCACCAAGACAGAGGCCGGAGAUGAUGAUGAAGACGAAGAAGAGAUUGUCUUUGAAUGAGAUAAUGGCGUCGAGAAAUAGCUUUAGUGGGGUUAGGAUGAAUAAGUCGUGUGCUCGAUUUAAUGAAGAUUUGAACUUUUGAGCUUU